UUGUAUUGCGUGUCCAUUGCAAAUUGUUUUGAGUGAUGUAAAUAAACCUCGUGUAUCCUCGCUAAACAGCAUUUUUAUAGGAUUUCAUUGUCUUGAAGUAUUCAAAAAUGUCUCUUACUUGUUUAUCUUGUAAUGUAGUUUUUUCAGUUCCUGAGCUUCAUCAAGAACAUUAUAAAAGUGACUGGCAUCGCUAUAAUUUGAAAAGAAGAUUAGCUGAAUUGCCAUCCAUUACUAAAGAGGAAUUCGAAAAGAGAGCUGAAUCCACCAAAGAAAUUCAAGGUAAUGAUAAAAGGUUGUCGUUGCGUUGUGAUGUCUGUAAUAAACAUUUCUCUACUGAAAAUGCCAAGAAUAAUCAUUUAAAGUCUAAAAAACAUCUUGAUAGUUUGAGUGAGUUCGCUAAGGAUAAGGAUAAAAAGUCUAGCAAAGAAGUUCGCAUUGAUGAUAAAAAAGCAAGCAAAGUGGGUGCAUGUUCUGAUGAUAAAAAGAUAGACAAACCUAAAGCGGUGGAAAAUGACAUGAAUAUAGAUGAUGAUGAUGAUGGAGAAUGGGAAAGUUGCGAUGAUAGUGAUGAUGACGAGAAAGUAAUAACUGAAGGAACUCUUACUGUAGAAACCAAUGACUGUUUAUUUUGUAACCAUCAAAGUCAAUCUACAGAAGAUAAUGUUACACAUAUGAAGGAAGUGCAUUCAUUUUUCAUUCCUGAAAGAGAAAAAUUAGUGCAUCUUGAUAAAUUUAUAGGAUUUUUAGCCGUCAAGAUACAUUUUGGAAUUUGCUUGUGGUGCAAUGGAAGAGGUAAACAGUUCAGAACUGUAGAAUCACUCAAAAAGCAUAUGAUUGAUAAAGGACAUUGCAAAAUUCUGUUUGAAGGAAAAGCCAAGUCUGCUUAUAAGCGAUUUUAUCAAGAAGAAGAUAUUGAUGCUGAAGAAUUUGAAGAAAUUGGAGAGUUUGAUGAGGCUGAAGAAUAUGAUGAAAUGGAAGAAUAUGAUGGUUCUGAUGAAGAAGAAGGAAGCAUUGAAAAGCUGUUAAAAGAUGCAGAUUACGAAGUAAAAUUACCAUCUGGAGCAGUUCUUGGGCAUCGUUCAUUAGCCGUAUAUUAUAAACAAAAUUUGAAACCUGUGAAUUCUGAUACACAACAGAAGGUGAAGAGAGUGUUACAACAAUAUAAAUCUUUAGGAUACACUGGGACAAGUGGACCACUUGCUUUAAAAGUUGCUCGUGAUAUAUCUUAUGCUCAGAACAUGAAACAACGCUAUAAUUUAAAACUGAGUAUGAAAAUGAAUAAACUGCAGCCACAUUUUAGACCUCAAGUAAUGUUCUAGAUUGCUUGAAAUGAGUUCUUGUUCCUUUAGCUUGAUUGUUUGUUAUUAAAAAAAAAUGAGAUCAUUUACUGAUUUUA